ACAACAACAGUUUCCAAAAAUAAAACCAUUUUUUUCAUUCUGAAUUUUACAUUUGUUAAUAUAUUCUUAAAGUAAAUUUAUCCCCAGUUGAAUUUAGACCCGUCGAAUGCAAUGUCAAUUCUUUCAUUGGACGAAUUGUUGCUCGCACUGGGCAACAUGCGCCUGCGCGAGGGCGAAAGCAGUUUUACAGAGCAGUUCCUAGUUAAAGGUCUGCUCUAUUUCGUGCAGGGCGAUGCAAAGUGCUGGUGGUGCACACCAGCCACAUGCACAGCAGCAGCCGAAAUGCUCCAUCUUUUUUCGCUGGAGGAGAGCAAAGAGGUGGUUGCAUUCAAAAAAGCACUCGCACAGCAGUUUCUCAAGUGCACAUCCUGUGUUGCCUCAUAUCACCAAGCAAAAUUUGCAUUGCGAGAGAGAUACAAUACGCGGUACGAUCCGGCAUUGGUCGAAACCUUUUUUCUAUCGCUGGAAAAGUGGGACGCCCAGCGCGUCAAAAGCGAGCUCACACGGUUAACUGGUAUCGGCGACAACGGCACAGCACGGAUUGUGCUUUACGAAGCACUGUACGAGAGGCGAUACCUGCUGUGCUACCAGGACGUGGCUGCGGCGGCGUGCGUGUACAUUAGAUCAAAGGUUGCUUCUGGGGAUGUGCUCAAUAUGGGCAAUGUGCUGCUGCCAGGGUUUAUCACCCUGUGCUUCAGUGGAGAUUCAAAGAUCAGGACGUGGGCGUGGCGGUCAAUCAAACUUGCGACUAACAAGAACGUGCAGACGCCGGUCGCUUCCGUGCUUCUUAUUUUUGCCGGCGUGCUGCAGAUGCUGGCCGGCCGGCUAGACCCUGCAAACCCAUACGCUGUGGCAAAGAAAUCGAUUGAGGGUAUGGCCAGCAUCACAUUCGAGUUUUCAGCUGACGACAUCUGGCGCGGGCUGCGCGUGGUGUUGGGCCGGCUGACGGCAAAGGUCAAGGAGGGCGUCAUAGAGCAGCUCGACGGAUUUCCGACGAUUGUCUGCAAAGCAUUGCUCGGCAUCGAGGGCGCUGAGUUCAUUGACGCCAUACGCGCAUUCUCAGACAUCAUCAGCGCCGCCGACCGCUCGGAAAUCUGGCCCCGGGUCGCACAGGCCAUGUUCUGCACGCCCAAAGACUUUGUGCAGCUCAUCAUCAACCACCCGGCCGUGCGCGACAGAUUCCAUGCGGGGGACACAACGGCCGAGUACAGUGACGCCAUGCUCGAAACUCAGAAUCGGCACCUGCGACCUGUGCUUGAGUGGGUCACACCGCUCAUCGGGUCUCUGGCCCUGCCGCAGGAUGCGCCAGCCAUUGUGGCAUUGCUCAACGGGCUGCUGUUUACUGUCCGCCAGGACUCCACCGUGCCCCUCGCGAACUUGGCUCUGGCUGUGCAUACGGCGAUCGCCAUCGUCAAGCACUGCUUCAAGCUUCCGACAGUGGAGAAGUUUGAUGAGUUUGGUGUUUUUGUGCUGGGCGACUUUCUCAACAAGAACCUUAGCACUAUCGUUGGCAUCGCGCAGGGUCAGGACCCGCUGUCGCAGAGCGAGAUGCUGAUCACCAGGGCCGAGGAGCUUAUUGACACAAUGCUGCGUGAGGACCUGGAAAUUACAUACGACGCGUUCUGCCAGAUCAGCGUAACUGCACAGAGCAUUCGCGACAACCCUGUGGUCCUAGAAGAACAUGAUUUUGAGAAUCUUAGCACGGUUCCCACGCUGAUUCAGUUCCCUGAGUUGUGGGCGGCUGUACUUCAGAACCCCCACAAUACCAACGUGGUCAACCGAGCGCUCUUCGCAGCCUCGUAUCUGAUGCUCUUCGACCCGCUGCCCCCAGACCUCACGCGGCAUCUUCCGCCUCUUUGGAGAAAAUCAUAUGCGCGGUUUGAGCGCAAGAGGGAUGCGAUCGCCGAUAUGGCCAAGCAGCUCCUGCAGAUCCUGGCCGACAGCCUUGACAGCGUCGACGCUGAAACGCGCAUGGAGUUUGAACGCGAGGCGCUCGCCACCCAGCUGCGAUGUCUCGUGUCGCCGGCAAGGUUCAUCCAUGCGGUGGUGCUACGUAUUCUGCGCAUCAACUUACUCGAGUCCGGCGACAGUGGUGGCCUUGAAAACAGCGAAGACAGCGCGGGCGGCGGACGGUCGAUCUCCGAGCUGGGAGACGCCGAGCGUGACAUGGUCUGUUAUGAGCUGUUCAACCGCCAUCACGAGUACUUUGUUGAUUGUCUUGCGGGCAUAUCUAACGACUGCAAGAUUCUGGUCAACUUUAGUCGGCCAGCCUAUACCUGUGCAGCCAACGUUGCCUUGCUUACGCGGUCGUCGAUAUCGGCCGCCAGCGGUCUGAUUGAUCCCGGCAGCUCUGAGGCCAUGGCGCGGCUGUUUUUUGCAUUCUGCGGCUUGCUGGCCUCGAUCCUCAAGGCAAGCUCGGAGAAUGCCAUUCAGAUCGACAACCGCAGCAUCUACAUGGACUCUGUGCUUGUUGUUUUCCAGACUGUGUACAACAUGCUCAAUGCCGUCGAGUUUUCGAACUUUGUGCGGCUCGUCAAGGGCAGCAAGCGGCUGAACGAGACUGAGGCCAUUGACGCAUUGUCCAACUGUGUCGCGCGAAUGUUUACUUAUUUGGAGGGCGAUGACGAGCUGCAUGUUGCGUCUGGAAUCAUUAAGACUUUUGGUUUGGUGGCCAGCGGGCUGGCUGCCACACCGGGCACAUCUAUGCUGUACCCUGUCGAGACCGUCCAGGGGCUGAUCAGCGGCAGGACUGGGCGUCUGUCAACCGAGCUGCGCAUACUGCUGCGGUCCAUCACAUCGCAAUCAGUCUGGGAACCGAGAUCCAUAUCUAUUUCCACAACCAAAUCUGUUCGGAUUAUCAUCGACGACGACGAGGACGCAUUUGCUGCAAUGAACGAUUACGAUCUGAGCGACAUUCUCGGUAACCUUGAUGAUGAGGAGCAGUUGCAGGCAGAGCCCAGAAAAGGUUUAGAGCCAGCUCUGCUGCCGGUCCGGCAGCAGUCCGUGUGCCCUACUUAUGAGAGCACGCCAACGCCCGUUAUGAAGCCCGUUUACCAGCCAUCUACAGUACCCGCCGAAGGCACAAGCAGGGUCAGCACGUAUGCUCUACCGGCCGCCUCUGCCGACGUUGGUCGCGGCGUGGCGUCUUUGGAUAUUAGCAAGGCCCCAACGAACGAGUCUGAUGACGAUGUCAGGGAAAUACAGUGGACCGCUGAAGAUGCGCUGAUGUCUGUUCGCCGCAAGCAGUCGUCCAUGGAUUAUUGGUUCGGGAAACCAAAAUCCAGCGGCAGCCUCACUAGCCAGCUAUCACAAUCCAAGGCCGCGGCCGUCGCGGCUGCAGCAAAACCACGGGCUGGUAGCAUGACGUCGGCGGCAACAGUGUCUUCAACGCGGAGCAAGAAGCCACCGGGCGGCGGGCUGCUGGGCCAGAUGCGCAGCAAUUUUGCUAAGGAGCGCCAAGGGUUGGCACUGAACCUUCCAAGGACAACACCGGCUGUUCCGAAGCAGAUUGUCCAGGCGCCUCGCGCCAUGGCCACAGUUUCGGUUGACAGGUGGGCGGAGGACAGGUUUUCCCAGACGAGCGCGCCUCCAAAGGUGCAGCCGCCCAUGUAUGUGCGCAAUGUCUCCAAGGCGGCCAUCAUUGAGCUUGAGAAGGAGAGCGGUACCAAAUCUAUUGAGCUCAUAGAGUCCGGCGACAGCGACUCUGCCAGCUCCUCAGAUGAGGAGGAUGGUGGUGCGGAUAAGCGUGGAGGCGGGUUGGCGGGGCUGAUCAAGAUUGCAAAGACUCCCGUCAAGGAGAUGCCAGCGCGGAGAAUGAAGCUGCUCCCGCUGCUUGGCGGAGCUCAUGGUGUCACGUUUGGCUCCAUCGGCGGUGGUAGCGUAUUUUUCGAUCAGCAAGCGCGCGACAGAGCGGUGGCCGAGCGCAAGGCCAAGGCACGCCUAAUGCCGAGCAUGUCCAAGCUGCACACCCAGAUGCUAGAGUGGCAAUACGAUGAAUCAGGCGACAUCCCGCCGCAGAUGCGCAAGUCCGAUAUCUGCCGCAUCCCUGACCGGUUCAAUGACUGCGACCAGUACAUCAAGGUCCUCGAGCCCCUUCUCCUGCUUGAGAGCUGGGCACAGUUCCAGCGUGCCAAGGAGGAGACCCUGUCCAGUGACAUUGGCGAGGCUAUCCUUGAGUCCCGGAUGAGCAUGGAUGCGUUUCAGGAAAUCACUUACAAUCUGGACUUGGCGGACAUGAAGGAACUAUCGGAGAACGAUAUUUUGGUUUUUGCCGAGAGCAUGGAACGCGAAAAGCGGAAGUUCCAGGGCAUUCCGGCGAUUGGCAAGUCUGCGGGCGCGACUGCCAACAACAACGGCAGCGGUGGGAAUAGGCAGUUUGCCGGCCGCAAGACGUUCCUGGCCAUGGUGAAGAGCCGCACGUUCAAGCGCGAUGGCGGGCAGGUGGUUGUGCGCGUGUACUUUGAAGGGGCACGGCUAGCGACGUUUCUGAACAUUCUGGUGCUGAAGUCGACAUGGAGUUUUCUCAAGCUGUUCAGCAUCACGCCGAUCCACCGUGAGUACGCGGCUCUGCGCUCGUUGCCGUACUUGAACGAGCAGCUGGUUGAGAAGAUCUUGCAGCCGCACAGAUCGAAUGUCGGUCAGGUGCUGAGCCGGACAGAAGUUCAGAAGUGCAUGAAGACCCACGCGCUGAAUCAGCCACAGGCUGAGGCGGUCACGGCGGCGAUCAAGCGCGACAACGGGUUUACGCUGAUUCAAGGCCCGCCGGGCACGGGCAAAACCAAGACCAUUCUGGGCCUGGCUGGCGCGUUGCUGUCCAUGGCCAAGCAAAAUGCCGGGAGAGAGGCCCUGAAUGCUGACCCUUCGGAUUACACCUCUUCCGUGGCGCCCAAGAUCAACAACAAGCUGUUGAUUUGUGCGCCCAGUAAUGCCGCGGUCGACGAGAUUGUUAAGCGGCUCAAGUGUGGCAUUCGGAACGACGACGGGCGCACUUUUUUCCCGCGCGUCGUGCGCGUUGGCCAAUCGGACAGCAUCAGCAGCACAGUGCGCGACACUACGCUGGACUUUUUGCUGGACAAGGCCCUGAAUGC